GUAUUACAGUGGGAGGGGACGGUUUCGGGCUUGACUGUAGUUAGUUGCGUGCGUCACGUUGUGGACUGGAGACAUUAGAAGGACAUGGUCUGAAUGGCUGUCUUCACAGUCACUGGAGGAAGUUUUCAUGCACCGAACACCAGAACAAGGCAUGGCUGGGAAGCCUUUCCGGGCCACCUACAUCUGGGGCAGCAUCAUCUCCAAUCUCCACACUCGCGUGGAGGUCAAGCGCCGGCGCCACAACCUGAAGUCCUACCAUGACUGCUUUCUGGGCUCAGAGGCCGUGGACGUGGUGUUGGCGCACAUCACCCUGAACCGGUUCUUUGGUGACGAGGCGGUGCCCCGCUACAAGGCCAUCCGCCUCUGUCAGGCCCUGAUGGACUCUAGGGUGUUUGAGCCGGUGGGCGUCAAAGUUUUUGGGAAGGAGAAGAAGCGAGCCACAUUUGAGGACAGUAGCUGCAGUCUGUACAGGUUCCUCAGCCCAACGACCAGCUCAUCAUCAUCAACAUCGCUGAACAACGCAAACUCAUACUCCACCAGCACCAUCGAGAGCGGCUAUGACUCACCUAGCAUGAACAGGAACAAGAACAGCUACAGUCCGACUUGUGAGAGACAAGAGGCGCUGAGCUACUCCACCCACUCCCCUGUAAAGUCAGACAAAUCACUGGAGGACGUGCUCGGAAACCUCAACCUGAGCUCCACCAUCACCCCUCAGAUGAUCAACUUAGGCCUAUCGCAGGAGCUUGUAGAUGAGGUGUGGCACCAGCAGGCGGUGUUCCGGCUGUUGCAGCUGAUAGAGCUCCCCCUGUUGGAGAGCUUGUUAGAGGGUAAGGAUACGUCACGGCCUCUCCUGCAUGGCAUGGACAGUGACCCGGACCUGUUGUACACAUCAAGCUACCUAGACCGCGAAGUCCUCAAGGCCUUCAGUGAAGCACAGGCUGAUGAGUGGAUGUCAGGGGCAGUGGACUGUCUAGAGUUUCUGCCUGACGAGCUGGUGGUGGAGGUCAGUCGAGGUUUGUCUGGCUGCACUGACGACCUGCCUCAGUGUAAGCGGCUGCUCUACGAGGUCCUGGCUCAGCAUUACAGGCACACACAACAGCCGCCUCUGCUCAGCAACCACAUUUUCGAAAUCUACUCUGGCAUCUCGGAGCUACUCGUGAACGGCAAGCAAGAGCAAGCUCUGGAGACUCUGCAGCUGAGCCUGAAGCUGCAGGACUCUCGCAGCAGGGAGGAGCUACGCCGACUCCUAAGAUUCAUGGCCAUCGCAGCCAAACCGCAGGAGGUCAAACUGCACAAGGAGAUUGAGAACAGAAUGGCGGUGAAAAGGUCGUUCUCCAGUGCCAUCGUCUAUAGCCGAAGACUCUCCAAAGGAAAGGUGGACCUGAUGGUGCUGUUCAUGAUGGACCACCACUGUGAUCUCUUCAAAAUACCCGUUUCUUUGCACAAGAUGGUCAGUGACAGAAUAAUGAACAUAAUGAAAGGGAAGGAUCCAGAUGUGGUAACAGCAGGAUCAACAUACUGCACCAGAGUGAGCGCUAAGACCUAUUCAGAAAACGCACAAAAAACCACCAAAGAAGAAAUUCGGUCGUUGCUCCAGGCAGUCCACGAGAACCCCAAACUCUCCUCCAAAGAGAAGAGGCGGCUGCUGGGGCAGUUCUACAAAGGCCACCCAGAGAUUUUUGUUCAAUACUUUGGAAAUCGAUUGUACAGUGUCAACAUGGUGUUACAGUGAUAUUUAUUAUUUUAACACUUCAUGUAUUAUAAUGUAAAAAAAGAGGUAGAUGUGAGACCCUAAUGUGAUGUAAAUGAUGUGCAGUAUAGUAAGUGGAUUGUAUUUGCUUGUAUGCAAAUAGUUUAGACUACUGAACAAGAAUGUGAAUUUUUAAAUGUAGAGUCUGAAGUUGUGAUAUUUAAGGACUUAAUUACUUUGAUUUCUCAGAUGUUUUUCUUUGGUGCAGGACACUAACAUGAAAAGUCCCUUUUAGUUAUACAUGCGACCCUGUUACUUUCCCAGAAUGACAGAAAGAACCGAGUGUUCUUACACUUUUUUUUUUUACGUUCUCACCCUGCAAUGAGUCUCGAUGUCUGUAGCCUAUAAGCUCAAGUCUGCAUAUGGCGUUUUCAAUGGAUGUAUUCUUUGCGCUGGUGCAAUAGGAACACUGUUAGCAAUAAAGAAAUGUGUCUGUUCAUGUGGUUGCUCAUAUACAAUGUGAUGCACAGUCCAGCUAUGUCUGUCUGAGGAGCGGAAAUUUGAACCUGGAAAUUUGAAAGUCUGAUGCCGUGCUGCAGUAAACAGUCGGGAGACAUUCAUGAGAGUCAGCCCUCUGGGGGUUUUUUUUGUGUGUGUUUGUUGCAGCAAAUCAGCAAAACAGAUGUUAGUGCUUUUUUUGUUGUUGGAAAACCGUAGCCAUGUUUUAGUGGCAUCUUCAGGGUUCUGUUUUAAAUGAGGUUAAUGUACUCCUUCUAAUCAGUUGAGGAAAUCACUCCCAUAUUUCCUUGUGACAAAAGCAUUCCCAGAUCAUGUUAAAACCACACACAGCUUGCUUGUAUUUUGGCAGUACAUAGUAAAAUUGUUCAGCAUUCAUAAAAGGUACAGUCCCCAUCCCCUUUUUUUAUAUUGCAGGAACAAAAUGUAUGUUAUUUAAUAAAAAAUAAGUGACAUCUGGUAUGUCAAGCAAUUCAACCACUAAACUUAAAUAAGAUUGGGUUUUUGAGACAAUUUGCUUGACUUUGUGUCCAUUUACUUGACCACGCACAGGCCGUGCACAAGGCUAUCUCUAUUUAAAACAGUCACCUCUUUUUUUCAAUAGAAAAUGGUGUAACUAGGGAAUCUCAGGCUGUUUUCUGCUACUGAGAAUCCGAGUUAACUAACAAACUUUGUUGAAUAUUUUUGUGUCUGUUAAAUAAAAAAAUGUGAUGUCUUUCAUAUUCUGUCAUUGUCUAUGCUAAUGCUUUCAUCUCAUUAAAAAAAUGUGCUUCUGU